AACAUAUCAUCAAAUCACUUAAAAAUAGAAAUAAAAGAAAUGAAAAAGGUGCAAGAAAAUAAUAAUGUUCAACCUGGAUCUGGAUCUGAGUAUUAAAUUGGUACCCGGCAGAUCACUCUAACAAACCUCACUUUAUCGUCUGACUGUUGUCGCGCUUCUUCCCUCGCAGUGGUGGCCGGCGUUUGCUGUACUUUUUCAUCCCUCUUUUUGCUAACCCUAAUUUUAAAGAUUGAAAAAAAGGCGUCGUCCCAUCAACCAUGGCUCUUGAUAAUGUCAUAUCUUCUCCUCAUAGACGAUCUCAAACUCAGGGUGCUUUUGCUUCCUCUCCGCGCCACAAAAAAUCUGCAUUGAGUGACAUAAGCUUCUCUGCACUUAUCCAGCGGCACCGCUUCCUUCUAGUAGCUCUUGUUCUUUUGAUCAUUCUGUGCACUGUAUAUCUUUAUUUUGCAGUCACUUUGGGGUCAGAAUCGUGUUCGGGUUUACUGGGAACAGAGAGAGAGUUGUGUCUUGAGAACCAUGGCAAAGAGACUUUCACCAAAGGAAAAUUGAAAUUGUUCUGAUUAUGGGACAGUAAAAACUGGUAGUGUGAAGUUUGUGUUCAUUUGCCAAUUAUUUGUUAGUGAUAUACACACACUAGUUAGUUAGUCCUUGGGUUGUGCUAUUUAUUCGAAAAUUGCAUUGUAUACAUGAACUGAGGAUAUAAUUUCUUCAAGAAAAUUGUAAUUGUAACUCACUGAUGACCUCAAAAGGACUGGGUAUAGGCUUUUUUCCUUUUCAUCUACUGAUGAUUUAUGAGGAAAUGGUUGUUGGCAUUCCUUAUUUACACCGUUGACUAUUGGUCAAGAAA